GAACCUUCAAUUUUUGGUCCCAAGGUCUCAAUCUGCAUUUAGGCAGACAGUCCUUUUUGUUUCACCACUGGUAUAGUUCGGUACUCAAUGCCUUCUCCUUUCUGCCUCCCCUAUAUGGCUCCAAUUUCCUCUUUGUUUCUAGCAUUUCUCAUGAUUUCCUCAAGCAAUGCUCAGGGUCCACCUUCCCCUGGAUACUCCCCCAGCUCCAUGGUUAGUUCUGUGACCUUUGAUCAAGGGUUUAGAAAUCUAUGGGGUCCUCAGCAUCAGAGAGUAGACCAGGGUUCAUUAACAAUCUGGCUUGAUAAAAGCUCAGGAAGUGGAUUCAAGUCACUUCAGCCGUAUCAAUCUGGUUACUUUGGUGCUGCCAUGAAGCUCCAAGCUGGUUAUACAGCAGGAGUCAUUACAUCUUUCUAUCUUUCAAACAAUGAAGAUUUCCCUGGAAACCAUGAUGAAAUUGAUAUUGAGUUCCUUGGAACAACACCAGAUAAACCCUAUACUCUACAGACUAAUGUGUAUAUUAGAGGAAGUGGGGAUGGAAAUAUAAUUGGAAGGGAAAUGCAAUUUCAUCUUUGGUUUGAUCCCACACAAGACUACCAUAACUAUGCUAUACUUUGGACCCCCAGUGAGAUUAUAUUUUUCGUAGAUGAUGUUCCUAUUAGGAGGUACCAAAGGAAAAGUGGCGCCACAUUCCCCAUAAGACCGAUGUGGGUUUACGGAUCAAUUUGGGAUGCAUCGUCUUGGGCCACUGAGAAUGGAAAAUACAAGGCUGAUUAUAACUACCAACCCUUCAUUGGUAGGUAUACAAACUUCAAAGUAAGUGGUUGCACCGCCAAUGGGCCUGCCUCAUGCAGCCCGCCCUCCGUCUCUCCAUCCGGCUCCGGCGGCCUUAGCCAACAACAAGUCUCGACCAUGACUUGGGUCCAAAGGAACUAUUUGGUGUAUGACUAUUGCCAAGACCCUAAGAGGGAUCACACUCAGACGCCUGAGUGCGAAUGAAGAUUCGGUUAUUAAAAUUUUACAAGAUGCAAUAUUGUGAUAAUUGUUAGUUUGGGGGGUUUCUUGAGACGGGUCCUGCUUGCCAAGAACAGGUGAAAGAGUGGUUGAGCGUCCAAAGCCCUCUAAGAUUUGCAUAUCUUGUUGUUUUGUUAAUUUGUAUUGUUCGGUUGUAGGUGUUUGCAUUGUUGUUGGAAUAAAAUUGAUCAUAAACGUGCUUUUUAUAAAGAAAGAAAAAGUACUUAGGGGAAUUUUCAAGACAUCAAAAGAAAGUGAAAUGGCCAAAAGAGGCCUUGAAGGUUUGUAUUCAGUUUGUUAUUAUUAAUGGAAAGGGACGGUUUUCUCUUUUGAUUCUGUAAUAAUGGAUUUGCUCCCUUCACCAAAUCUGAAACAGUGGAAAA